AUGACCAGCACAACAGAGCAGACGAAUGGCGCACAUGUGACCAAUGGGGAAAAGCUAGGUCAACUCCCUCAACGCGAUGAACGAUCCGGCCUCGUAAACCAGUGGCAUUCACAGCCAUCUGUCGUCCGGAUUAUUCAUAUUGGCGCUGGUGCCACGGGACUUUGUGCUGCUUACAAGAUGCGCAACGCGCUCAAAGACUAUGAACUUGUUUGCUACGAGAAAAACAAUCAAGUCGGGGGCACAUGGUUUGAAAACACGUACCCUGGGUGCGCCUGUGAUGUACCUGCACAUGUAUAUACAUACACUUUUCGACCGAAUCCGAAGUGGUCUUCUUAUUAUGCUUACUCGUCUGAAAUCCUCGACUACUUCCAAGACUUUUAUAGGGAGCAAGAACUUUCCAAAUAUGUGAAGUUGGAGCAUCGCGUUCUCAGUGCUACGUGGCACGAGAAAAAAGGUCAAUGGGAGGUUGCCAUCGAGCACGAUGGGAAGAUAUUUACAGACUGGUGCCAUGUUCUUAUGAAUGGUUCAGGAUUGUUGAACAAGUGGCGCUGGCCAGAUAUCAAGGGUCUCAACACAUUCAAUGGCCCAGUCGUUCACUCUGCACAAUGGGAUAGCUCCAUCAGCUACAAUGAUAAGAUAGUGGCAAUUCUUGGAACAGGUUCAUCGAGCAUUCAGAUCUUGCCUCAAAUUCAAAAGGUUGCUACACAGGUGAAGGCUUUCCUCAGAAGCCCAACGUGGAUUGCCCCGCCUAUGCAGCGAAUUCCGGUGGAUGCGCCUAGCCCUGAGAACCCUGAGCCGGAAGAGAUACCCAACCCGCUCAUUCAGCAAUACUUUUACAAAGACCAUGAAAUCAAAUAUUUGUCUGAAAACCCCGAGCAACAUCUCACAUACAGAAGGAAAAUCGAGUACGCUAUUAACCGAGGGUUUGCCAUUUUUUACAAGGACACGGAAGCGUCUCAGAUGGCUGAGUGGUACAUGCGAAACGAAAUGGAAAAACGGCUAGCGAGCAACCCCGAGCUACAGAAAAGACUGAUUCCGAGCUUUCCUCCAGGCUGCAGGCGCCUCACGCCUGGCGAUGGCUACUUGGAAGCCCUGGUCCAGCCGAAUGUAACAAACAUCUUUGAUGACAUUCAGUCAAUCAAUGAAACUGGACUCACAACGAAUGAUGGAAAGCAUCACCAGGUCGACGUGAUCGUAUGCGCGACUGGUUUUGAUAUGGCCUGGACUCCGCACUUUGGUCUGACGGGUGUAGAUGGUGUUGACAUCAAGAAGGCUUGGAGCCCUUUACCACAGUGUUAUCUGGGUAUUGCUGCCCCAGAAUUCCCCAAUUACUGGGUAAUGAAUGGACCGCGUGGAGCCUUGGGAAAUGGAACUGUUCUUCCGUGCUUUGAGCUACAAAUCGACUACGUUAUUGAGGCGGUUAAGAAAAUCCAAACGGAACGUAUCAGAGCAAUGGAUGUGCGUACAGACAUUACCGACAAGCUCAACGAAUAUAUCGACAAGUGGAUGGAUACCUCGGUCUUCAGCGCCAACUGCAAAAGUUGGUACAAGAACAAUACCCUGGACGGCAAGGUCAUUUGCUGGGGAGGAUCGUCACUUCACUAUCUCAAAACCCUCAAAACUCCUCGAUGGGAACACUACAACAUCCGGUAUCAUGACGAUGACCCGUGGGGAUUCUUGGGUAACGGCCGCAUCGAAGCUGAGACGAAGGAUGACUUUUUGGGCAUGACGAGUUACUUGAGAAACUCAGAUCACGGAUGGGAAAUUAAUUAG